GAUGAAACACGAGCAAUGGUAGGAGAACGGUUUUAACAAACGUUCGCAGGGGUGGGGAUUCGAGAGCCGCCGUUGCCGCCGCCACCGUCGCUCAGUUCCGAUUUCGCGUCGCGUUCGAGGAUAAGGACCGCGCGGAUCGCACUCUCUUUCGAGUCGUCUAAUCAUCUGGACGUUGUGUGCAGUUCUACGGUUUCACACUUUGUUUUCUUCUUCCUCUUUUUCCUUCUUUUUCCCUUUCUUUUUCCCCCCUUCUGUCGUCAUACUUUCCUCUUCCAACUUUCCUGUCUUCACAUUCUUAUUCCGCUUCUCAUUCUUUUUUUCGUCGAUACCUACUUUCUCAUUCACUUCUCUAUCCGAUUUUCGUUCGAAAUAUAACAACGUUCGCUAUUGUGACACAGGUGCAGAUAUCAAAAGUACAUUUAUAGUAUCGCGUAGUCAAGAUAUUUAAAAUUAACGUUAGAAAGAUGUGCGUGUGUUAUAACACGCGUGAAACAAAAAACGAAUCUCUAGAAUAAUAAAAAUCGAUUAAUCAAACAUCGCAUAAUUUAACUUUUAUGUUACCUGCUGUCCAUAACUCUAUAUCGUCGUGUUAAUUAAAACAAAAGAUGGAGGCUCGGUCGAGGUAUCAUCCGUAGUGAUCGCGCAGGUGGGCAGUUCGCGCCAACAUGGGCAACAAUGGAAGCAGCUCUCGGGAACAACAGAUCGGAUCCGUGUGCUCGAACGGGGUGGAUGGAACGAACGGUCAUCACGGAUGGUCCCAAUCGUUCCCUCGAGAGUUGACGAGACACAGGUCGCAGCCGAGCGCCGCGCGGAAAGUUCUUCCCGAGCCGCCGGGUCAAAGGCUGCGCGCGACCGACAAUGGGAGCAUCAUACACAACGGUGGAACGAUCAGCGGCCGCAGACCGCCGACCUUCGCCUCGUCCCGCGAUCUCGCCAAGCGCAACGAUCAUCCGCCUCCGUCGUUUCGAGAGAGGAGCGGCUCCGCCUCGAACCUCCUUCGACCCUGCUCCAGACGUAUCGACCGCCACUAUUAUCGAUCGAGUCGCGACUACCCGAGCGACGCGAGCGCUCCCACCCUCGAUCCGAAGAAGUUCGGCAGCGAGCCCGAUCUCCGCUCCGCGGACCUCGUCGAGCCGUCUGCUAUGAUGGUGGAAAGGGACGCCGUGGAAGCGGAAGCGUCGCGCCACCGCCACCACUACCACCACAACGGCAAAGACUCGAGGGAACGGCUCGUGGAGAGCGGAUGCUCCAAGGCUAGGAAAAAGUACAAAGCUCCCGCCCCGCCCGCCUCCCCCCGUCUCCGCGCCAACGCCUCGCCUCCGACCGAAAUCUCUCGCCCCCCGAGCCGAAACCUCGAUCCUCGCCUCUGUACCCUCCACUCUCGAGCCGAGCAUCAACCAGCCAACGAGCAACAAUCGAAUCGGCCCAAAGUCGAACCACCGCCCCGAAGAUCUCGAUUGUUCAAGACCCGCGCCGAGUCGAAGAGAGCGCAGAUCGGUUGGCAGUUGGCAGCCGCCGACACGCGCGACCCGAUCAACCUCGGCGACUCGCGUUCCGACAACGAGCUCGCGACCGAGGCGGCCGUCGAGAGUGAUCGCCGCCGUAUCCCGCCCAGACACUCCCGGCUCUCCGAGCAUCAUCACGGGAAGAGCAACACUCUUCAAAGAAGCAUCAGCAAUCCGGAAUUCCAAGCCGAGUUGAUUCGAGUCGCUAAAAAAGUACGCGAUAAGUUGGACUCGAGCGGGUUGAAAUUGACGGACGGGUCGAUACGCGACACCCGAUACGAUCGAAAACUGCCCGCUUCUCGACCGAGCGGUAAUAAUCGGCGUAAACAAGUCGAACGCGGGAAGGAGAAUCGGGAAGGCGGGGAGGAGGGAUGCGCGCAGGGGCCAAGGUCGAGGGAUCGUUUCGCGAGACACGAGAUGGAAUCGCAACGGGAUCAAUUUCGGGACGAGAACUCGGAUUCUGACGGUUCGAAGCUCGCCACGGUCGAUCGAUCGCGAGAACGGACGAGUAACUCCGUCUCGAACGAACGAUCAGCAGCAGGAGGGGGAGGACAGGACGAGGCAUUUGCUCCCAUCACAGCGCAACCCGCAACUCCGAAAACUACUUUCUACUUCGGCAUGAAUGAACGUUUCUCGGGCGAAUCCCGCAAUGACGAGGAUCGAGACGCGAUCGCCCGAGAAUUCCACACCGUUGCAGUAUCCAAGCACUCGGAUCGGGACCGUGGAGACGGCAGAACUUCCAUGGACGGGAUUCUCGACGACGUGGGCGAAGAUAACGAGAAAAACGUCGUGGAAAAUAUUUCGUUGAAGUUGCGGCCAACCUUGCCGAAAAAGCAAUUGGAAAUCCCGCGAUUCUCGCCAUCCGCUGCCUGGAGAUUGCUCUCCACGUUGGAAACUCCGGGUCCGAGCAUGAGCACUGCCAGCGAAGAAAUGCCGGUGAUGUUCGAGGAACGGAUAGAGCGACUCUCGAGACCGCCCCCGCUUUUCCCACUCUCGUUGGGAGCGCGGAGUUGGCACGACAAGUCCGGUGAUUCCGGGAUAUCGGGGGAUGCCGGGGCCGGUAACGAAGACUCUUUUGACGUGAGCACGAUCAACAGGGCGAAGACUACGGUGACCAGGCCGACUUGGACGCCGCAGCAGGACUUGGGAGAGGAAUCGAGCAGCGACGCGGGCGUCGAUUCUCCCCCUCCCCUACCCACGCCGAUGAAGUAUCGUUCCCCACGGGGCCACGUGUUCUCCCUUUCGUUGCCCAGGGACGAAGCGAGGGCCUCGAUGUGCCUCUGCCCGCCGGAGGCCAAGACCAGGGACGCGUUCGCCUUCAACUCCCUUCAAAAGUUGAAACGAUCCGUGUCCGGAGCGUUCGGGAUCGGGUCGCACGAUCACACCACUCACAGGAAAUAUAAUAAUACCCUCGACGACAAUUGGCUCUUGUCCACCAGCGCGCCCACCUCCCUCCAACACUCUCGUCUUCGCCUCGACACCGCUCCUCCAAUCUCUCCCACCGUUUGUCGCCCGUUCUCCCAUCGACGCGUUCCCGCCGCGUGCCCGUGCGAUAGCGAGAACGACGACAACGACGGCGACGACGACGACGACGAAGACGACGACGAGGACGACGACGAUGACGACGACGACGACGACGACGACGAGGAUGAAGACGACGAAGAUGAGGAGGACGACCACGACCACGACGACGACCAGGACGACGAGAAUGUCGCGCGCGAUCGCGAGUCGUCGAAGAAGAGGCGAGACGAGGAAGACGAAGCGCGCGACAAAGCGAAGGAAAACGAUUUCCCGGUAAUCAUGAAACCUCCGUCGUUCUCGUACUUGACACCCGGCGGUCACGUUAUGUAUCUGCCGGAUACGAGCGAAACGGAACAUCGAGUGCAAAAUUUGAACGGUAGAAAGAUUGGGGAAGAAGGUAGCGUAACGAGGCGGAAAUUAAAUAACGGGGAAUCGAUCGAACGCGAGAUUGCCUCUUUCCGAUUGAGCUCGUGCAAGAAUGUUGGUCGAAACAAGGGCGAUAAGGAUGGCGGCGAGGAUGGAAAUGAGAGGAAGGAGCGGGGCGAAGAGGCGAAGAGGCGUAAGGAGAAGCGCAGGGACGAGAUCGAGGAUGCUUCGAAUCGACGACGCGACGACAAAAGCUUGAAGAAUCAUCGUAUGGACGAGAACGGUUGCAGGGAACGGAACGAGUUCUCAACUUGUCCCGAACCACCGAAACAAAGGAGAACGUUCUCACCGCCAUCUACCAACGAUCGUCCGUCGCAGAUCCCAUGGAUAUGCGACGCGAAUGAAACGAAGUCGCAGCGAAAGAGCAAUUCGCGGGGCAAAAGAUUCACGUUUCAGUCGACGGUGAGGCAGAUAGAGAGGCGGCGAUUGGCGGAAAAAUUAUCGAGGGAGGCUGAGGCGAAGGAGCGUCAAAGGAAAGGUGAACUGGAGGCGAUGCGAAAAGUGGAGGAAGAGUUUCAACGGAAACGCGCGAAGGAAAAGGCGAGUAUCAGACAACAGUUGCGGCUGUUCAAAGAAAUGGAAGAGAAUUUCAAUAGCUUGCCAACGCCGCCGGAUUGGGACGGUUCGCAGUUGUCUCGCGCGGAUCCGGACGGUGCACCUUCCUCUACCGCAUCCUCCCCCACUUCGUUGCCGAAUGGGAACCCGCCGAUAAUCACGAGCACCGUCGGUAAACGCGGUGACACGGAACCGGCCAAGCAACCUCGUCCCGAUUCCAAAGGCUAUCGUCCAAAGUAUUACGAUUGGCCGCCGGAUACCGUCAAUCAUUCGGAUCACAAGCAAACCACCGUUCAUCCCAAGAUCGUUUGCGAUAUUCCCAAAAGCUCGCCCGUUUUCGUUCACGCGAAUCUUCAUCCUGGCAAGCCACCUGUCGUCUCCAAUUCCACUCCAAAAUCGGAUAAUUAUAGGAAAGAUUUCGCGCACGGUACAAUGGUAACCAGAACUUCUUUCGCGAGUAGCGAUAGCGAACUUUCGCAACCAAACACGAGGCCGCACUCCAGGGAGAACGGGAUCAAGAUAAAAUCUCAUCGGCCUAGGUUUUAAUCCGGGCAUGUCGUAGAAAUGUUAAUCCUAACGCCUCUAGUCAUCUAACAACGCUUCAUUUUAAAGCUAAGUUAACCGUGCAUGGAUACCUCGAUACCAUGAGAAUUCAGCGAAUUGACAAUUCGUUUCGAAAAAGAAAGAGAAAGAGAUACAUCUCGUGUCUUCGCGUUUCUUCGAUGAAAAAAAAGAACGAAAAAUGCUUAAACCUUAACGUGAACACGAAUCGUCGAAUCGCAAUUCCUUCAAUUCCUAUACCCAAGAGCGAGACAAGCGUGGAACGAAGACGAACAACGAACGAACGUUGAACGAACAGGUCCACCAGUCCUGCACGAAGCGCGGACGUAGCGACAUCUAAGGAAGAUUUGUCCCAGCUGAUCGAACCAACCGAACAUCCGAAGAAUCCUGCUGCGCAUCAACUUACAUCGAUAAAUGGAUUACAACCGUUCACGAAACGAAAAACGUAUAGGCCAAUUUUUUAUAAUCCUUGCCCAACUCCCCCCAUUCCGAGUUAAUUUUUUUCUCGAAAAGUUUCAACUCUCUCUUUUGUAUCUUGCGAAAAUUAUUCUUUCCCCUACUAUCAUUUUAUAUAUACGUAUGUUAUUGUUAUUAUAUAUAUGUAUAUAACAUGAUGUAUAUAUGUAUGUAAUAUAAUAAAAUAAAAUUAAUAUA